UUAUGUCACAAGACUUGGAGUAAACACCAGCCGACUUCCGUAGCUAGCCGCACACUCAGAGACGUUGGAUCCACAAACUUGUGUGAUUGUCAUUGUAUUUCAAGCCAGUAAAGGAAUUAUAUAACGCAGGAUGGCAGUCUGCCCACUUCUUGGACCAAAAUGCUCUGUGUAUUAUAUGGUCAUCAGCGUUUGGGGUGUCGUUAUGCUGGGCCUUAUGGGGGUCUUCUUCUACAUCCGGAGCCCCUCACUUUUUGAAGACGCCAACAUAAGCGAGAGCGAAUGGGAAAAGGAGAAAUUCAGCGCGGACUACGUGAAGGAUAAGUACGAAUCCCAGGCGUACAACUGUUGGAUUGCCGCCGGACUCUACGUGGCUGUCUUCAUUUUUUCCUUCAUUCAACAAAAACUGAAUUCCAGAGUGAACUAUGAAAUGUCGUAAUGAUUUCAGUGUCCUUUCAUUCAAUCUGUCUUCUUUUUGGUUUGUACACUCGUCUUCUAGAUUUCACUUCAUAGGUCGUACUUUUUUUGGUUUUGUUUUUGUUUGAUAAGCAAAAGCGUUACUGUAUGUGUGUUUGACACUUUACUCUGAUGGUGUUUGGUGCUUCCUUUUUUUUCUAAGAUAUGUACUUUCAGCGUUAAAAAAUUAUUUGGGGAGGGGGGGGGGGUGUAUCAAGCACAAAAUAUCUUUUUUUUUUAAUUUUCCUCAUCUGGUCAGCAUGAACGAAACGAUUCUGUGUGGAGUCAAGCGGAACAUAUUUCUUUCGUUCUUUUCAGUCCACAAAAAGAAUUGCGCAGAAGAAGAAGAAGAAAAAAUAAGAUCACUUCAUGUGAUGGUAAUUUAGGCAUUAAGAGAGAGGUAAAUAGCAGUACAAAGAAGUGACACAGUGUAACCAGUGACUCUGUACCUUUGGUGGUGUUCUCUAAGAAAUAUCCAUUGGCCCGUCCUUGGCAGUAGCACUGUGCAGUGAAAGACGAAAUAUUUUUACUGGCUUGUACUGCUUUUGAUAUAAUAUGUGUGUCUCUCUCUUUUUUUUUUUUUUUUUUUUUUAAUUCAGCAUUCCUUCUUCUCCAUUUAGAUGACAUUGUUGGGAACCCCUUACAUGGGUUUUCAGUUCUUCUUGGUCUGCUAUGGGAGCAGUGGUUGCCGUUCAGACUUCAGCUGUGAUUUAUGAUACAUAUUAUAAUACAUGUUAUUGUAGAUGUACAUGGUGAUAUAUAUGAAUAUAUUUUGUCUUUAUAUCGGAUGCAUGUAUGCAGAUUAAAAUUGUGACAUUUACAUUUCAUGGUUAAACUACCGUAGAAGUUUGUUUCUUUUGGGCUGCACUUCUGUUUUGUAGAUGUCCACAUAUCGUUAGUGCAUUUGGCUAUUUGUGUAUGGAGCAUAUCGGAUACUUUCCAGAAGAAGAAAACAAACUUUUUUUUUUAUUUGAUCUAGUCCAGUGGGCUGUUUAGCUUCUUGAUUUUUUACAAACAACAUUUAAGUUGAUUUGAAUUAUGGAUGCAAAGUAAAAUGUGCAAGCUGAUUUUUAAGAUUACAAUUGUGCUUAGGUGAAAUGCCUUAGGAGUUUUCAAACUUUGAUCCAUAUAUGCGGAUAGCAAACGACAUUGACGAUAUAUAUAUAUAUGUUUGUGUCUUCUGAAGAAUGUGUGUGUGUGUGUUUUGGGAGAACAGUGCUGAAUGAGUGCACCUUGGCUUUAGAUUGUGGUGAAUGUGAAUCAGUCAGUGAGAAAUGUGCAGCGAAAAGGCAGUUUGAGUUUGAUAAAUAGGCGUUUUGUUGAGUUUGCUCUAAGCAUUUAUUGUUCUGUAUAUUUUGUGGAUUUUUGUCAACUGUGGCUUAAGAUAAAAAUGCUAGUAGAAGUGCAUUUUCCUCUCGUAUCUCUUUAUCAGUCCUUUUCCCUCAGCCCAUUCUCUCUCUCUGUUAUUCUCUCUGGUCCUGUCCAUUCUGUUUCUCUCACUCUGACUUUCAGUAAAUUUUGGACUGAUCCGUUUGGUUUGAGUCUAACAUCAUAUUCUGUUGUUCAAGAGUCAAAAAGUUUCAGUGGGUAGGCUGAACUGCUAGCCUUUUAUUUGUAACAAAAAAGUAGCUCUGAUAAAGUAACAGUCUAGACAGGAGAUAAGACUAAGAGAUAUUUGCUUGCCGGUUUCACUGUCAAAAGUUUUCAAACUCUAAAUAUAUUUGAGUCAGCUUUAAACUUUAUAUGUGUCAUGUCAUCUCUUAAGACAGGAAUGUGUACAAUGUGAGUGUACUUUCUCAGUAAUGCUGUAUUUUAUUUAGUCAGUGUAUAUAGAACACCAUAGUCAGAACGUUUUUCAUGUCUUUGCACAAAUUGUGAUGUGCUGAGUGCAAGGAUGUCAUUGAAUUAAGUUUUUCUUUUUUUUUUUUUUUUUUCCAUUUUGAAUGUUGUAUCAUGGUGGUAUAAUAGCAUUCGUUCGUUCAUUUCCCUCCUCAAUAUUUUCAUUUUUCAUUGACCUGCACGGGAAAUUUAUCAUAAAUAUUCUAAUAAAUUGGAACAGCUUAAGUCGA